AUGAGGCCAGGCGUAAUGACGCGGAAGGCGACUCAUCGUCAGGAGCCUGCCGAUUUGGCGAACUGUACGGAACGCAUAUACGAUGUCCUGAACAUCGAAAGCUCUGCGGAAGGCGGAAGCGUAAGCCAAGCACGUCUAGCAGCCGCCAUCCUGAGCCUGGAGAAUGGCAGAGACUGUGCUUCGGAUAGCCCAUUGGAGGCGACGCUAUACGUGUUCCCAUACGAAUACGAGGGCGGGUUGGUUAAAUGGUUCACUUCGCGCCGCGGCCCGCGGAUCAUCGCAGCUGAUGGUGGAUCUUCACGUCUAAAGAACGCGAAAUAUGCCACACCCGAGGGUGCAUCCGCGCUCAGGCACAAGGCGUACGUCACUAACGCCAACUGGAAUAGAGGUUGUACAUCUCGUGGCUACAAACUGCUGGUAUCGAUAACAAAAGACAUGAUCGCUUACGUAUGGCGCAUUGGAGCAGCGAAGGCAGAUUAUGACCUCAUUUUCCAGGUAGACAUCGGAGAAAACGUAUUCGGACCAUCGGUAUCAGCGUUUUGGGUGGAUAUGAGCUCCAUCGGUAUCGAUUCUAUCUUCACAGGCAAGGAAUUCAUCAUUUUCCACGAAGUAACGGAUGGGUCGUGCCAGGGGGAAAGUGAUGAUCUGGGACCGUGCCAAGGAGAACCACCCAAGUCUAAUGGAGUGCAAUUGGAACCCGAAGAGCGUGGUAUGUGUUCUGGAAAUGGUUGCAGCGUCCAUAAGCAACAUUUCAAAAUGUUAGCCUUGCAGGGGAUCCAUUCGCCCAGCGGCAACGUAAAUGGCGAAUUCCUAUUAAGCCACCAGGACAUUGAGCUGCCAGUGGUUAUUCAAAACAUCGAAUCUGCUCAACUGUGCAAACACACGCUGCAAACGGGAUUGAUCACUCUCUACUCGCCAGACACCAUGCGACCGACGAAGGUCCAUCCAGCGAACGGCUUCCAAGCAAGCCGAUGGAUGACCAUUGUAUCGCGCAGCAUAAGUGGAGAACCAUGCGAGGAAAUUGUCGACGGAAUGCUUGGAAAUCAAAUAGCUGCUGCGCUGCAUAAGUUCCUCCCGCCGUGCACAAUCAGAGGUGUGAGUGACCUUGGGCUCCCCGUCGAGUUGCUGCUGGCGCCCGGGGAUAUUUUCCUCAAAGAUUGUAGUAUGCAGGGAAUGGACACUGUGAUUGGGCUCGUGGUGCGCUACCUUUGCCGGGCCUACUCCCCUCUCUUCGUACCCCGCAUGACUGCACUGGACGAUGCAGCGCCCAAUGAAAUUGGGGAAGCGAUCUUGGGCAAACUCAAGGCGCAGGAUUAUGUUGUGGAGGCGGAGUGUAUAGCUGACAAAGAUUAUUUCCUUGCCCUGGUGUUGCAUAGGAAUGGCAGCGUUGGGUUGUGCCGCGCAUUACAGACCAAUCACGCUCUCGUGUCCUACAGCAAACUACCGAUACCACAAGUUGCGCAUGUCCACGCCAUCCGAGUGCUGACGCACAAGGAUCGUGUGCUUGUUGCGAUGUUUCUUGUCGAUUCUGUAGGUGUCACUCGCUUCAGCAUUUACUGUUGGACUGCGCAUAAACUGGUUCUCGAAGCAUCAUGGCCAUUUCAGCUGGCGCCAAAUAACGAAGAGCUAAUCACAGAGUUUGGUGUAUGGUACGACGGGGGCCCAUUGUGCCUCGUAACCCGGUGUCUACUUGCGAGCAGCAAUGCCAUCUCCGGCAAUGACGUUCACAUAUACCUCAUCAGCGGUACGGACAUCUUACACCUGUCUACCAUUGCAGAUAAUGAGAUGCGGAAUCUGUUCACAGGUAUGGUGAAAAAACUUCCGUUGGAAGUAGGAGGGUCGCGAUACAGCCUAAGUGGUGGUACGCUUAUCUGUAGCCCGCAAUCACAGCGUGCGAUUCCCCUCCGGAUGGCUACCGGAACCAAGGUGGACGGUGACUCCGUUGUUAUAUACCAUCCGCGCUAUAUAAAAGCAUUUGUUGAUAUCGGGCUGCGAAGAUUCGUGGAUGAGUUAGUUUGCGGCCUCGUCGAGGUCUGCCGUAACUUUCUUGUGCAAUUGACAGCGGAUGGUGCUUGUGGGUCGGAUAAUAUAUUGCAGUACCCUUGCGAUUGCCUCAUGGCCAAGGCUAAACAUGUGCAAAUGUUUACCGAUUUUGAUCGAACAACAUCGUUGCGACUGCUGCAAACAUUUGCAGCUCUAGUUAACGUUGACCCUGCCGAUCUUGGUGUUGGAAUGAAUGUUAACGUUUCAGUCGUUGAUAUUGAUGAAGGAAUCCCGGCGAAAGAGCUGCUUUUGUAUUUAGAGCAUAUGAGGUUGCCAGGGCUGAUGUGGCAGGAUCAACUCGAGCUCAUGAAUCUAAUAGACAUAAUGUUCCAGAAUUCGGGCGCAGCGAAAUUCCUCGGUAACCACGCGUCGCAGACAAAAUCCAUGAACAGUGUGGACACCCUCAGCAACUUCUUGCUCAUGAGUGAAACACGGGGUAAUGAAGACUUUAAUAUUGACGAGACCAUAGACUUCAAGUUGACCGUUGAUAACGAACAAUGCGAAGAGUCUUGUGAUGCUGAUUCGCCUGUUACUUGUCCACUUAUACGAAGGGCACAAUAUCUGCUGCAAACUGGGAAGGACGAGAAAAAAACCCAAAUGUGGCGAACAAACGACGAACUUGCAAGCCUAACCUUACCUUCAAAGAUCGUAACAGAUGACUUCUGCAUCGGGAGAUGCGUCGAUUACAUCAAGUAUGGAUCAGAGGACGAAGACCACUUGGUAUGGGCCAUCCUCUACAAAGAUGACCAUCAUCUCUUCUCAAACAUGCUUUCUAUGUUGGACAGUGCGGACGAUCAGGAAUUGUGUAACCACCUGCUGCGGAACAUGAAAACCUUUGGCAUAGGAUAUUGGGUACGUAGCCCAUCGUGUAUAGAGCAGUUUUGUUCAACUCUAGAACGUGGCUUCCGGAAACUCAUCUCUGUCACAGAUUCCGCAUCAAAUGUUGACAUGUUUGAUGAAUUCGGGUUCUGGUCCAUUCUGCGCGGCAAGCCGCUGGUGUAUGGCUGCGUUCUUAAGGCCAAGGGGUUCCAGAAGUUAGGGGAGUUCUUCUCUAACAAUUUUUCAGAAGAUAGAUGGAAGCAGGCUGCGGUAAAGAAUGCUUAUGCACUUAUUGCACAAAAACGUUACCUUUUAGCUGCAGGGUUUUUCGUGUUAGCUGACAAGGUGAGCGACGCUGUGAACGUGUGUUUCCAAUAUAUGGACAACGCCCAGCUCGCCUGCCUGAUAUGUAAGAUACGUCAGCACGACCUUGAGGACGCCUUACGGUUAAUGAAGCCUUCGAGAGUUAAAGAUAUCUUGCAAUGCAAUCUGAGUUCCGAAGUUGUCAUAAAUGUAGAUGUGAACACGGUAAACGACCUGGUGUACUACCUUUACACGGGAAUACGUUUCAAACAUAUAAGUGAGGAAGCUAUGCGUGACACCAUCAUCCGUUGCGCUGAAGGAUACAUAGACAUGGGUAUGCCUCUGGUGGGCAUAAUCAUCAACUCCCUUAACGUAAGUGAUGGUCCUAGCAUCUGGAAACCGCUAAUUUUGCAAUCUAAUAUGCAGCAUCUCGUGAAAAAUGACCUUGAUUAUUGCGCGCUUUAUCAGGGCUGCAUGCAAACAAUGUUGCGCCUUUGUGAUGAGGACACAAAUCAUAGCGGUAAGGGCGCCUCCAAUAACGAAAGUGAACCCGAAAAUCCCAGACUGGGAGAUGUACCGGGCUCAUCUGACGACCCUGCCAUUAAAUCUGAUCAAGUGCUCGUGUCGCCGGAGUCAAAUGAAGAUCAAGGUUUGGAAAUAUACCGAGAAGAUGGGUUCCAUUUUUAUCUCAUUAACCUGCUCACUAGCCUAAAGGGUCGAUACGGCCUCGAGGUGACUGUCGGGGCUGUUACUGGUAAGGCCUCUCUUAAUCGCAAUACCUUCGAGACCGUAAAGCACCUUCCGGAUUAUUUUUCCCAACUGUGCAAAAUUUGUAUCGCAUUCUUUGAAGGGGACGCUGCCAUUGAUGGCACGUUAAUGUUGGCGCUUAUGUUACGAGCCAUCAUGGAAGGCAGGGACGGUUUCUCAUCAUGCAUCAUACUAUCAAUCGCCUCUCUGCUUUCCAUAACCUGUUUUGAUCGUGGGGUAAAUGGACAGAUAUACCGUGCAUUCAUGGGCCAAUUGGUUGUGCUUAAUAACCUCUUGAACAACCAGGGUUCUGGGGAUCAAUUUCUGGCGUGCUUGUUGCGAACGAUCGAACCCCUGUGCUUCGGUACCCCAGGUAAGAUGGUAGAACCGCAGCUAAUCAACGUUCUACACUCAAUUGAAACGCCCCCAAAACACGCGUUCUUCGGCAUAUGCCUGGGAACAGCAGUGCUGGAAACUCUUAUGGGUAUAUGUCGCAGCUGGUUUUAUAAAUUUGCUGAGCAUGCCGAAGCCAUUGAACAAGCAUGGAUGGACCGAUUGUUAUAUUCUGCAUCUAGGUUUCUUUUCAAUAACGUCAAAAGUGAAGUGGUGGAGGACGCACUUAACUCCACAGGUAUCGUAUUUCCCAUGUUGUCCCUGCGCAUAGGCCUGGAGAAGCCCGUAGACUGCAAAGUACAGGACGCAGAAUGCCACGUGUACAAUUCGUUCUUAGAACAAUACGUGGCUUCUGUUUAUGGAACGGAGUUUGAAAAGUUGUGGCGGUUGCUCCACUGUGGGUUCCGAACUGCUAGUAUAUUCAACCGGCACAUGCAUCCAACGUGCCAAAAUAGAUACAGGAGCAAAGGAACCUGCUGUCGGGUAACUGACAUGGGUGAUCAACCGCAUCCCAUUGCUGCGGGGUCCAAGGCAUUACCAUUGGUAAUGCCAAUGACCGCCAUGUUCGCCCCACCGCAGACGUGGAGUCAGGAACGUGUGGCCGCUGAAGCUAAAUUAAACGGACGAAGUAAGGGCGAACACAAAAGCGCUUGCGAAGGUGAUGCCUCAAUACUUAACGCCUUGAGAAUGUUGCGGUUUAAGUCGUUGCACGCCUUUAAGGGAAGGCUCGCUUCACCUUCUUAUGCAAUGCCAAGUACGACAAUAUGCGAAGGCGCUAAAGGGCUCACUUCUGAGGUUAUAGUAGGUCCGGUGAUCAGCGACUUGCAUAUGAUGGCUAUGCUAAACUUGCGCGGACCCUGUACGCUGUCCACGUUGCCGGACGAGUUGUCGCAAGCUGCGCUCAGCGAGAUAUUUGCGGCAGUGAACAAAUCAAAGCCGGUGUCGCUGUCCUACUCGCUUUACGUAAAGUUUGUGCGCAUUAUGUCCAUGUACAGCAAGAACCGCCUCGAAAAAACGUAUUCGGUCAAGGUGUCUAAGUUCGCCGCUUUGGCCGAAAAGUUCCACAAAUGCUUCAAUGUGUGCAGCAAUUCUAAAGAGCCCGUUGUAGGAGGUCCUUCUGGAGGUAUAUGCGGGCAUCCGUGCUGGCCUAUAUACGCCGUUGUGUACGGUGAGAAUCCUCCGAAACAUAUGCCGGCAUAUAACGUAUCCUUGCAGCACCCCGUGACGCUUAUGAGGGAUGACAAUACAAGUUUGGACAAUACCGACAGUGCUCCAAACCGUAAAAUGGUUUAUGACUGCAUCACAGAUAUGCAUCUGAACCGUGGUCGGGGGUCGGUAUUCGGCGACCUUUGCAGCGCUGCGUGGUCAGCGGACUCGCUCGCACUCCUCGACAAAAGUGGUUGGAUGCUAAUUUAUCAUCUAAAACAGAUGAUGUAUGUCGAUGAAGGCGAUAAAGAAAUCGCCAUACCAUCCAUCUCGUUCCGGGCUCAUACCGCCGCCACCGACUCCACGUGGCUCUCGGAUUCGUAUGUCGCCACAAUCGGUAACGGCGUAUUGCCUGACAUGAUAACUCCCCAUGUCAGAGUUAUCGAUACAAGGGACGGCGACGUGGGAUGCCAGAAUACCAGUUCCCUAUCAAAUGUUCCAAGUCCGGCCAUGAGCGAUAAUGUGGAAUAUUCGUCUCCAAGUAGAGACACGGAUCAUCUUCUACGCUGCGUGACAGACAUGCACAUCCCCUGCUUGUGUAUUUGGGACCUUGUGGACUUCAAUAAAAACAAUUCUCCCAAACUCAAGCUGGUUAUCGCAAACAGUGCCAACAUACCGCAUUCGAUCUUUAAUAAGAAGAAACACGCCUCGUCGGCCGAUGGCGCAGUGGCGAUGUUCAGACUCAACGACAUCUUCUCUGAACCUACACGAAUUUUCGAAGGCGUCGCACAGCCACGGGCAAACUCGGCAGACACCACACCAAGCGAAGGUUUCGUGACGAGCAUUAGCGAGUACUUAGGUAUCAAGUUUGUGGAGUCGCCGUCGAGGGAGGCGAGUGGCAGCAAGGCCACGUUGCUUCCGGAAAUCAUUGACGCCCAGAUCAUACAAAACAGAUUCUUGGUACUCACCACUGCUGACGGCAAUGCUACAGUGACGGAGUUGCCAUGUUAA